CCAGCAGACCCCGGAGACCAUAUAAUAAUGCACCCAUGCAUGAUGCCCCUUCUCGGCUCGACAUCACGUGAUGUUCUUGAUCCGGAUUCCGAACCUAGACCGCGUUGCCUCCGUUGUUCACCUUCCAACGAGUCUUUUUGUGUCUUGAGGCUGUUAGCUACUUUCUACCUACCUAUGUGCCCUUCUGACCGUGGACCGGCUACUGCUCAGUUCUGAUAACCACCAUGCUCCGCCCAGUGCCACCGCCAGAUUUUGUUCACCUCAUUUUGGUGCCUCAAGAACAUCCAUUUUACUUAGAAAUCCCUAGGCAAAUCGCGACAACAGUCUGCCUGUACCCUUUAAAAUAUCUCCGGUACAUCGGCUGGUGUGUUCUGGGCGUUGUUGGGAACCUGGUGGAUGAGAAUGGCAAUGCGGUAAAACUGAAUGGCGAAUUGGUUGAUCGAGCAGUCUAUCAGUACAACAUACCCGGUGGAAACACCCUUGCUCACGCCGUUGAUAUUGAGGUCAUCAGAACACAAACUCAUGAUACUGCAUCAGAAACUACGAGCACCCGCGAAGACUUUUGUGAAAGGCUUCUUCAGCGGGAUCACUGUUGUGUAUGGACGGGUGUUAGUUUCGGGGAAGGGAUGCAUAUUAUUCCUUUCAGACGAGGCAGCAGUUGGCUACAACUCAUUGUCAGAAACCGACCUCACGAAGAAGACCUCAGCUCGCUCCUCAACAUAAACGACAUUCGUAAUGGUUUUUUUGUCAAUCCACUUAUUCAUACUAUAUUUGACCGUCGAUAUCUUGUCGUACUCGUGACACCGAAUCCUAUCCUGCAACCCUCAGACAUCCCCCCUCGCCACCAGCGUGAUAUAGAGCCCGAUGUCAGUUAUCCACACCAAUCUCGAUACACGCUUCAGUGGAUUAUUGCUCCAGGAAGCGAGUCCAACCUGAAUCAAAUACCCAACAACGACGAUGCCACUUUUGGGAGCCAUCGAUCUCACAAGCCGGCUGACCUCUUGCUGCAUUACACUUACGGGGCUGCUGGUGUGAAACACUGGGGCAAAAAUAUGAAUGUUCUGACCCAGCGUCCUGGCAUUUCUAAGCCGCCUAAACCUGCAUCGGUGCCGAUGGGACCAACAGAAGAGAAACACGAUCAUGACAACAGCUUCAAGAAGUGGGAGAAGCGGAGAAGAGAAGACGAGGAAGGAGAGGGAGAAGAAGGAACAGCUAAGGAACUAAGGACAAAACGAUUGGCCGCAGAAAGGAAUGAAGGGAAUACUAGUGCAGAGAUGGGCAUUAAAUCAGAGACUUCGGAUAUCUGGGAUGAAGAUGAUGUUAUGUUAUUCUUCUGGGGUAACACGAAGGUUGCCCGGGAAAGGCAUGCCAGGGAGGAGGAGGAGCGCCGAGAGUACUUUGAGAAAUGGAGGUCUGGAGUACCUACUACAUAUAGUCAUAGCAAAGAGGCGCGGUUGCAAAACAUCGACUGAAGGACGAUUUUCGCAACUCCGACUGCGCUGCAGUAUUUUGCAAUUCGCCGUUCCUUUCACGUUUUGCUACGAUAAUCAUCUCAAAGACAAGGUCAUUAUCCUUCAGGCUGAUCGCUGUGGGCGGCCUGUUGAAGCUCUUUCUUAUUGUCUACACCUUUACGAGUAACCAACCCUUCUUUCGACUUCUUGCCGUUCUUGACGGAAGGAAGGAUUAGGGCAUUAUGUAUCACUCCAACGGCUACACAAAUUUGUCUCCUUCCACUUCAUCUGACUAACUAAGCGACUAUCGAUCACAAAAGAUCGUGAUAAGAGGACUCAAGUGACCCGCAGCUUUCCUAACUCUGUGCAGGCCUAAGACCCUAGCUUU